CUUCUUUCCUCUUUUUAUUGCCCCCCGAUUUAGCCUGGAUCGAUCCCAGAUUGUUCCUUCCCCUGUCGCCCCGAUCGAAGCCGACGAGCUCAGCAGCCGCCGGAGCGGGGACGCCUCGCCGCCGUCUACCCUGGAAGGAAAAAAGAUGGAGCCUGAAAGGAAGCCUCUGAGUUUGCUGGAGCUAUGCGUCCGGAGCGCCGUCGACAACCUCAGGUACAUGAACAGCGUGGACAACUUGGAGAUGGGCCUGCUCAAGAGAAUCCUGCCCCACUGCACCUUGGAGCAGCUGACCCACAUCGAGAGCUGUACGCAGAUGGACCUUACCGGCGUCACCGAUGUGCUGUGGAAGAGGUUCUUCCAGCGGGAAUUCGGUGAGGCUGAUAUGAACGUUGCCAUCAAGAGAAUGAAGGAGAGCGGAGUGCGUUACAAGUGGAAGAAACUCUUUGAGGCAAAAACAGAAAAGCAAAAGCAAGUUGAACAAAGAAUGUCUGCGGGACUCAGAAACAAAUAUGAAGCAGCAAACGCCGCGAAACAAAGCAAACAAAUUAAAGUUUGCACGAAGAUCCCACCAAACAGCAAAAGAAGUUUCUGGGGAGGAAGUGGAUCCAGCAGCCUAUCCAACUCCAGCUACAAGAGCCCUAUAUUGAAAAAGGCAAGGAUGGAGGUUGACAGCCGGGCGAAAAUGCAAGCUGCUAUCCAAAGGAACACUGUUGCAAGGUCAUCACAGCCAGCAAGGCUGACCUUUCCUAGCGAUCAGACAUCGAGGACGACGACAAUUCAUCGACCUAAUUCAACCAUAACCAUCACCAAACCAACUGGUCCAAACAGGCCGAUGCAAAAGCAGAACACCAGACCCAAAUUUUAGAGGCCACUGCCAUGGCAUCAUGCUUGCGACGGCGGAGUUCGCCAUGGUUGCGCGGAAACCUUCUUUCCUGUGGACAAGUCAACACCGCUUGCCAUUCAACAAGUCUUUGCGAGACAGGAAAUAGUCUUGUUUGUAGUUGCCCCAGCUGAGCACAUGUACUCCUAUCUUUAGGGGAGCAAACAAUAACUGUCUGUACCAAACAUUUUUUUUAAUAUAAAUAUGAUUCAAUCAAAUCAAAGCAGAGUAAUCUGUUUUCUCUAAA